AUGUCUGACAAAACGGCCCCAGCCCACGAAACGUCCGGAUCGACUCGCACGGCGGACGCCUCUGACAUGCAGACAGCUAAAGACUGGUUCAAAUCGGUCUUUAAGCUACAACACGCAGCCAUUAUUGAAGCACAUAAUGACCGUCGACAAGCGGCCGAAGACGCCAAUGCCGCCCGCAUCAGCCGCUUAGAAGAACUUAUACUAGCGAUGAAUGUUAAGAAUGAGGCGGAUGCUCGGCCGGUACAGCCGAGUCCAGGUCGGGUUGACCUACAGAAAUUUCGCACGUCGGAUGGCCCGAUCUACCGCAGACCGUUUCAGGUGGUCGAGCCGUUCUUACGCUGGAUCCACGGUGUGCAAAUCUUUUUCGACACUAAAGACGUCAGUAAUUCGGCCAACAGAAUCAAGAUCCUUGGUAAUCUCAUUGCGGAGACCAACCUCCAGUCCUUCUGCGCCAACGAGGCAUCCGGGUUCCUGACCAAGUCCUGGAAUGACUUCAAAAUACGGAUGUUUGAUUUCGCUCUCCCCACAAACUGGUGUUUGGGCCUACAACAACAGACAUCCAAGCUUGGAGACCUGCAGCUGGCCCAAUUCUUGGUCUAUGGCCUACCGGACGCUCUUCAAGACCGGAUUAACGAACGCCAGCUAUUAGAGGUUGUCCCGUUUGCGUAUGGCACUUUUGAAAAACAAGCAAGCGCUUCCUUCCUAGCGUUGCAUCGCCCCACCGUCCCCCCUGCUCCGACUAGAUCAACCCCGAGCGCACCAUCAAACCUUGCCCGCGACGAGUUCGUCUGGCGAGUACACUUGUAUCUGGAUUCGCUGGGUUUGUGCCACUUCUGUAAGAAGCAUUGUGGCAACGCGGCUGGCGCCUGUCCUGGACCAAUUGACCGAUCCCGCAUCGACAUUCCAUCGGGUUUUGCAACCCCAGAAAAACCGGCCAACUAUGUUGCCCCACGAGCCUGGAGUAGGCCGACUGCUACACCAGGAAAGCCCACACAACCUCCGGCAGGACGUCCUUCAACUCGCGCUGCGAGCGUCGCGGGUGUUACGGAUACUACACCCCUUGAGGCUCAGGUUUCCGUGCUAACACUUGACGCAGCGAUACGAGAAGAUAAUCGUUGGGACACUUACUUUGACGAUGAGGGCUGCUUCCCUAGUCUAGAACCGGCCGCCGUGGCGGCACUCGAGGAUCUCAACAGUCAACUCCUCGCGAACGAGAUUGCGAAGGCCGAACAAGCUGACCUAGCGGAUGCCAUCGCCGGUCACCCGGGACGCGCUUGA